AUGCUAUUUUUUAAUGUUCGUCGACAGUUCUUCCCCUGUAAAGAGUGUGCUGGACAUUUUUUGAAUAUGAUUACCGUUUUACCAUAUGAAGGAACUACGAGAGUCUAAUUUAUGUCAUAUCUUUGA